CUCCCUGGAACGGGAGCCGGUGUCAGAGUUUCUGUGGCUCCAAGGGACGCGGCGAUUGGCUGGCGCUUGGAAAGGGCGGCGCUGAUUGGCCACCACGGCGGCGGAAGCCGGAUCCGUGUACAGGUCCGGGCGCGGCGGAGUCGGAGGGGCAGCCAUGGAGCUGAGCGAGAUGCUCUACAACAAGUCCGAGUACAUCGAGACGGCUUCCGGGAACAAAGUCAGCAGGCAGUCAGUGUUAUGCGGGAGCCAGAAUAUUGUGCUCAAUGGCAAGACCAUCGUCAUGAACGACUGCAUCAUCCGAGGGGACCUGGCCAACGUGAGGGUCGGCCGUCACUGUGUGGUGAAAAGCCGCAGCGUCAUCCGGCCACCUUUCAAGAAAUUCAGCAAGGGGGUUGCCUUCUUCCCCCUGCAUAUUGGGGACCACGUCUUUAUUGAGGAGGACUGUGUGGUCAACGCGGCGCAGAUUGGCUCCUACGUCCACAUAGGCAAGAACUGCAUCAUUGGCCGCCGGUGUGUCCUGAAGGACUGUUGCAAAAUCCUAGACAACACAGUCCUGCCCCCCGAAACUGUGGUCCCGCCUUUUACGGUCUUCUCCGGCUGUCCAGGGCUCUUCUCCGGAGAACUCCCAGAGUGUACUCAAGAGCUGAUGGUCGACGUCACCAAAAGCUACUACCAGAAGUUCCUGCCCCUCACCCAGGUCUAGCGCUUUCCUUCCCGUCUGCCUGAGCGUUGAGCAGGAAGAAGCCUCCACGCCUCGCCUGGCCCUGCCGGAGCUGUGCCCUGCUGGGAGUCCUGCAGGCGGCUGCCUUCCCCGUUCUUAGGGGGGCCCCUCCUCUCUUCCUGCCUCCCAGGCUGGUGUCUGUGAUCUGGGCUGCUCACUGUCCGAAGCUGUUCCCGUUUCUUGUUGACUGCUGAAGCCAGUCCAGGGCAAUCCCCCUGCAAAUGGUCUCGCUUGAGGACGCCCACGUAUUUAUUGAACCCCCAACCGUGUGUGUGUGUGUGUGUGUGUGUGUGUGUGUGUGUGUGUGUGUGAGGUGCUGCCAGCUGGGGGCUGCCCUGGGGCUUGGCGGCAGCAGCAGCCGCUCCAGGGGCCUGGGGAGGUGCCCAGCCCACUCCCUCGCCAGGCCUGGAGCGUCUUCAUGGAAACGAGUCCCAGAGCAAGCCAGGGGCUCCAUUGGGCCCAAGGGCCUCCGCGGCUGUGCGAGGCUUGUGCUUUCCCCCCUUCCUGCAGAACUUUCAGUGGGUCUGUCUGGAUUGUGAAAGGAGGGGUUUGGGGAGGGA